AUGUCUACAGCACAGCAGCAGCAGCGCGACAGCAAGAGCCCGUCGGCACGGAUCAGGUUCAGCCGUCCCCUGGCCAGCCGUGCCAUUUCACGACAGCGACACCAACAGCACACCAAGACCGUGACCCACCCCGUCGGCACGGAUCACCGGCAGACCUCCCCUGCCCAGCCGUGCCACAAACAAGACCACCGCCAGUGCCACCACACACACCAACGGCGGCCAAGACGACUGGGCUUCGUCUGCUGACCACCGCGGCAGAGUGCCUUGCGGGAGAGGGCCGUAGAGACCGUGGCUGAGGAGCCGGAUGAGGUGUGCGCCGACGUGGGCGAGGAGGAGCCGAGCAUCCUCCCCCUGCCGCACCUCAGCAACACGGCCGCCACACGCCUCCCCGACCACCGCGGCGCCAGCGAGGCCGGCAGCAGUUUAGACGCCGCGGGAGCACCAAGCCCGUCAGCAAAGAGGGAGGGAGAGGGUGAGGGUGAGUGGGAGGAGGGCGAUGAGUGGCUGGCCGACUUGGGCGAGGAGGAGACCCCCAUCAGCCACCCUCUGUGCAGCAGCAGCACUCUUAGCAUCGCCACUCGGGACGGAGCGGGCUCUACGGCCGAUGAUAGCAAAUCGCAGCAAGGUAAGUGACGGACUGUCUGGUCAGUCAGUCAGUGUGAUUGGUUGAUGGUCAUGAGUGAAACUGUCGUAUGUGUGUUGGCUCUGCGCUGCGUUCCGUUGCUCUCUCUAUGUGCAGGUCUGUCAGUGGCCGAGCCGUGUGACGAAGGACCCCCUCCCGCCCCUAUCCUCGCACCUGCACCACCCGCCAUCCUGCGCCUGAAGAGCGGUGCCGAAGUAGAGCUCCGAGUCAAGCUCGGCGAGGGCACUCGCGGCAAGGUGAUGGCCGGCGUGGUCAACGAGCGAUGGAUGGCCUUCAAGAUGGCCAUCAGGGGGGCGGGCAGCCGGACCAUCUGCGAGGAGAUGGAGGCCGAGAGGGCCACGAUGGAGAGGCUGCAGCAGCGGAAGAGGGAGAGGGGCGAGAUGGGCCUGUUUCUCGACAUCUACGUCUACGCGGGUCCCUCGGACGGCGCCACGUUCCGCGCCAGCCCCUCUGAGCCGCCGCAGGAGGUGGCAGCACCAUGGACGACGCUGACUACGACGAGUGUGGCCUCAUCGGCCAUCGCUGUCUACGUUUUAUAUUCCGUAGUCCUUUUGAUUCAUGUCUCGCGUCGAUGUGUCGGCUAG